AAGAGGUUGGCAUGGGCCCACCUCUCAAGCCUGUCCAGGUCUCUCUGGAUAGCAUCCCUUCCCUCUAGCGUGUCAGCUGCACCACUCAGCUUGGUGUCGUCUACAAACUUGCUGAGAGUGCACUUGAUCCCUCUGUCCUUGUCGCCUAUAAAGAUGUUCAAUAACACUGGUCCCAGCACCAAUCCCUGAGGAACACCACUCGUCAAUGGUCUCCACUUGGACAUUGAGCCAUUGACCGCAACUCUCUGAGUGCGAGCAUCCAGCCAAUUCCUUAUCGAGUGAGUGGUCCAUCCAUCAAAUCCAUUUUUCUCCAAUUUGGCGACCAGGAUGUCAUGUGGGACAGCGUCAAAUGCUUUGGACAAGUACAGGUAGGUGAUGUCAGUUGCUCUUCCUUUAUCCAUUGAUGCUGUAACUCUCAUAAAAAUUUGGCACCAAGUUUGUCAGGCACGACUUGCCCUUGGUGAAGCCAUGUUGGUUACCACCGAUGACCUUGUCUUUAUUUUCCAUGUGCAUUAGUAGGGCCUUCAGGAGGAUAUGCUCCGUGAUCUUGCCAGGCACUGAGGUGAGACUGACUGGCCUGCAGUUCCCUGGAUCUUUUUCCCUUUUUGAAAACAGGUGUUAUGAUUCCCCUUUUCCAAUCUGUGGGAACUUUACCAGACUGCCGUGACCUUUGAAAUAAGAUGGAUAGCAGCUUAGCAACUUUAUCCGUCAGUUCUCUCAGAACCCAGAGAUUAAUCUCGUCAGAUCCCAUGGACUUGCGCACCGUCAGGGUCUUUAGAUGGUCUCAAACCUGAUCUUCACUUACAGCAGCUGGCACCCCAGAUGGGAACAGGACUCCCUCGGCAACCCCGGAGAGUUCUCCGGAGGGACUCCUUGCCUCAGUCGGAUCACUGCAGGAACAGACAAGGAACAUCUGGAAAAAGGUACAGCAAUUGUUUAAUAGCGACUUUGGGGAAGUUUUCAGUAUCCAGUCUCCUCAUAAGGAAGAAAGAAGGUUUCUGGAGGACUUAAUCAUGAGUCAAGCUGCCACUAAAUCUCCACUUCCAAAAAGAAAGCAUCUGUUGUGGUAUAAAGAAGUGUGGAAAGGGGAUGGAACACCUUGUGGAAAGGUGAUGGAACAGCUUGUUCUAGAUGCCAUCUCCAUGCAAUUGGAAGAGAAGAAGGUCAUCAGAAAUAGUGAGUAUGGAUUCACCAAGGGAAAGUCGUGCUCGACCAAGCUCGUAGCCCUCUGUGAUGGCAUCACCAGCUGGAUAGUUGGUGAUGAACAGCGGAAGUUGUCUACCUUGAUUUCAGCAAGGCUUUUGAUGCUGUCUCCCACAACAUCCUGAUAACGAAGCUGAGAAAGUGUGGGAUGGAUGAGUGGAUGGUGAGGUGGGUUGAGAAUAGAGCUCAUUCUAUGUGGCUGUUCAGCACUUUGCAGGUAUUGAUCUUGCAGCAGGAUCUGUCUGGCUGCAGGACCGUGGUUGGAGACAUUGAUUCCAGCAGAAACUCUGUAAGCAGCGGCGACCUGUGCAAAGCGCUGCUCGGCAUGGACCUCUGCUGAGGAAUCAAGCGUUGAGCAAAAAGAAUGUUUGGGCCAGGUGACCGCAGAAGUCUGGCUGUUUUGGAUGGUGGCAGCAGAUGGAAGCAGGUGUUCUUGGGACUGCUGAGCUUUUGACGAGGGGCAAGGUGGUGAACCUUGUGAACGAAUGGCUGCAGAUGAGGUUUGCAGAGCAAGAGGUCCUGCAGGUCUUCUGUGACACCCAUGAAGCUGUAGCAAGGUUGCCUCAGUGUAAAACACGAGAAAUGCACAGAGAUCUGCAGCUUUUGCUCUGGAAGAACAGAGCGAAGUGUCAAGGAACGGCUGCCUUCAAGGAACUUGUCUGCCUUCUUCUGAUCUCUUGCCAGCUUGUCACGCUUAGGCUGAUGGCCAUGGCAUGCAAGGAGAUCAGCUGUGGGCCUGAGCUGGCAUGGGCGGAGACUGCUAACAAGGGGAAGCCCCUGGUGGUCGAUGACGAGUCAGCUAUCAAUAUUCCAGCCCUUGCUGCCGCCCAUGUGAUUAAGGGAUACACUGCCCAGGCACCGGAUGAGCUCUCCUUUGAGGUGGGAGACAUCGUGUGUGUCAUUGAUAUGCCACCAAAGGAGGUGACCAGGUGGUGGAGAGGGAAGCAUGGGUUUCAGGUUGGGUUCUUCCCUAGUGAGUGUGUGGAACCGAUUAAGGACAAAGUUCCCCAGUCCGUCAUUGAUUUGGUGCCAAAGCCAGGUAUGUAUGUUCCAUUAGAUGGUGCAGGGAAGUAACAUGGAGCCUUUUUUGCGUGCGUUCCGUGUCUAACACCUCCUUUUUACAUCCCAUGUUGUACUCUGUGUUGAUCAUCCUUUAUGG